ACCCCUUCAUACUCCUUAAUAAACCCAACGCCCUGCAGGAACCUGAUGGACCUCGACCUUCAGGACAUCGACGAGCGACACUUCUUGUCGAUGGAGGAGCUCAAAUUAGCGUAUUUCAAGACCUUUCGCUACUGCAGCUACGUGCCGCGGGUCCUUCAGUGUCUUCCUAGUACAGACGGCGUCUCGAACGGGCGUGACAUGAUGGGCUGGGUCGUCCUCCGCGUCGCCGUGUGGGUCGUCGCCGCCCUCACCCUCAGCGGCAACUUGGCUGUGAUUGGCUGCCGCGCCAUCUCCAAGGAGGACAACAAGAUACUGAAGCUCUUUAUCAAGAACCUGGCUGCCGCCGACCUGCUGAUGGGCGUGUACCUGGUGAUCCUGGGCGUGCAGGACCUCAAGACGAGGGGAUCCUUCCGGGCGGAGGCGCUGGCGUGGGCGUCCUCCUACACCUGCACCUUCACCGGGAUUCUGGGGCUUGUGUCGUCCGAGACGUCAGUGUUCAUCCUGACCUUCAUGUCCCUCGAGCGGUACUUGUUCAUCCGGCAGCCCCUCGAGGCCCGCACGCUGUCGGAGAGGUCGGCUCGGGUCUGUCUGUUCUUCAUCUGGAUGACGUCGAUCUUCCUGGCCGUCUUUCCCGCCAUAUGGAUCAAAAGCUUCUACGAGAGCGGCGCCAUGUGCAUUCCUCUGCACGUGACCGAACCUUAUCUCGCUGGAUGGCAAUAUUCAGCCUUCAUAUUCCUAGGCAUCAAUACGCUCAGCAUGGCCGUGAUCCUGGGCGCCUACGCCGGCCUCUUCUUCAACAUCAUGGUGACCCGGACGUCGACGCCUCUCUCGGGGGGGGAGUCCCGGUUCGCUCUCCGCUUCUUCUUCAUCGUCAUCACCAACUGCGUGUGCUGGCUCCCCAUCGCGUGCGUCAAGGCGGCUGCGCUGGCCAACAUCGAGGUCCAUUCCGGAGUGUACGCCUGGCUCGUGGUCCUCGUCCUGCCCAUCAACUCGGCCAUAAACCCGAUUCUGUACACUUUCUCGACGUCAAAGUUUCAGAGUCAGAUGUCGACGUUACGCUCCGUUUUCCGAGCGGCGCGCAACAGGCAAGAUUCGGCAACGGACACGGACGUCCUCCGGUACUCCUCGAGUCGCAGCUGGGGUAGCGCGGCGCAGUACAUCGUCAACCACGCCCACCUGCCUCCUCUGCGCGCCCACAACGGCUCGCAGAACGGCCCUGCGGUUCUUAUUCGCGAGAAGGUCGACCGCCGCGCUUCCGCCCACGGGUUUUGUCAGAGGAGGUCGACAGGCGACAGCAACUGUGUGCUCAAGGAUCCUUUGGCCAAAGACGCGCCGUCCUCCAACGGAAUAGCGUCUCCCGAGAAGGACCUGAGCCCCGGCCGGCACCUCGCCCUCAGCGCGAGAGUGAGUCAGGUGAGGUCCUCUUCUCCAGGAGAGAGGACCAACGACGUCAGCGCAAGUCCCGGCUCUAGAGGUCGCCUGCCCCUUUUUAAGCUGGAACUUGGAGGAAGGCGAACUCUCCCGAGCACUGAAGCCAGCUGCCGGGACGCGGAGGGCGAACACGCCCCGGCAGAUGGUCAAGAAUACAAGGAUAUUUGUCUCGAAGCCCACCUUUCCAGACACAAAGCCCCACGGCCCAGGGAGAUUACCGCGCCCUCGGAAUCGUCGAACGUCGAGGGAGCGCCCAUUUACGUCGGCUGCUGCGCCACCUCGUCCUCAGAUAACCAAAAUGCCGACGUUCUGCGUUUAAAUCUGACACUCUGCUACAACUCAGACGCCGCGCAGCCUCCACGCCGCACGAGUUCUUCUUCAGGAGUCAGACGCAACUCAGAUUCGAAAUAUUCCCUUCCGUCGUCAAGGGCCAAGACCACGAUGGCGGCCCACACAGUGCCAGAGACUAACCAAACCCCAUGGCAUUCUCCUUUUCCUACAGCGACGUCACUCGCGCCCCUUCCAAGACGUUCAUCAUGGUCGGAAUUUUCGUCCUCAGUCUCCGCGUCCCGUGAUUAG